UUUCGUCCAUGCGUGACUGUUUGGGAUGUAGCAUACUUUGUGCACUGCUACAUACACACCCUCCCACUCUGCGUUCGUUGAGCCAGUGUACUGUUUUAUCUCCUUUUUUGCUCUAAAUUAUCCAUAUUCAAUCAUAGGCUUACUAAUACGCCCACUCUCACUCAUUCUCUCUGCCUCUAUCCCCCGCACAGAUUGAAGGCGAUUUUCCUAGUCUUAACCCUGACAUUGUUCGGACAGUAUUUUAUUUUUGAAGUGUAUUUUUGACAGAAUUGCUCACAGAUGGAGGACUAUCACAAACCCGACCAGCAGACCCUGCAGGCACUUAGGAACGUCGCCAACCGGCUCAGGAUCAACUCUAUCAAGGCUACAACUGCUGCAGGCAGCGGGUAAGCGCCAUGCUUUAAUGCUUUAAAUUAAAAAGAAAAUGAAAUGUGUUAUAUGAGGUGUCCAUCCAUGCAGGCUAUGUGAUGGGUUUACAUGCGUAAUAGCCAUGGCUUGGACAUUGUGUGCCCAUUUUAUGCGCAUAUUACGCAUUGUCCCAGAACAGGCUACUAUUCUUAAUUCUACCCUUUCAAUGCCAUCCAUUUCCAAAUGGAUGGCAUUAAUCAUUGACAUGUCUUAAAUGUGGGAUUUAAACCAUGCAGAUACCAUAUAGAUAUAAUAUGCAGAGAGAACAUUGUGAACUUUUGUUUUUAAUGUUGUAGCCUAUUACAUUGUAAUAGACUAGGCUACUAGUUGCAGGUGCAUUCUUUUCGAUUGUGCAGCAUCUUAAUGCCUAUUUAUUUUUGAAUGAAUUUUUUUGAUAGCGUAAACUCAUUCAAUAUGAUUCCGUAAAGAAUGGGUCCUUACGCGUGAUGGCGACGUGGGCCUUUGAGUAUAUGGAAUGGAUCCGGGUCCGCCGCAUCUAAAGGGACCGCGCUCGUUCCUGGCGCUCCUGCGUAAAUUCAGCCUCCACUGCCCAUCCUCUUCGCAGAGCGAAACGAUUUGCGACGGGCUGAUGAUAUGUCAGGCAACAAGGACGAUCACUCCCCUUUCUAUUAAUCUUUUUCAGGCUUGUCCUUGAUAUAGGGGUAGAAUAAAUAUUAUUUAUAUUACUGAGAGAUUAAUUCAUUUGUUUUUCUUAUUUCCUUAUUUAUAACAGUAUAGUCAACAGCUCAAAGAAAAUAUGCUAUUGAGGCAUAAUAACCAUAAUUUCUGAGGAUACAACCUUUUAAUAAAUGUUUAUACUUCCACCUCAACGAAUAAGUCCAAGGCACAAUUAAACUAUAUAUUUUUUGUGUUCAUUCUUUCAUCUGUUCAUUGUUUAUUUCAUCCAGUAAAUAUUUAAUUUCUAAAACGUUUUGUCUGUUUUGACCACCUUUCCGUUUCAGGUUGAUUAAACGUUUCCGUUUCUGGUGGGUACCUGGCACCUGUGUUAUGGUGACAUAUUAUAACAGGCAUGCUCUGUUUGGAAUCUCAUAUGUUAUAGAUUCUUUAAAAAAAACUGUUUUAAUUUGGUUGUCUUUUGCAUUUAACCUCAAGCAUGGAGUUUUGGCAGUAAAGGAGAAAGUAGUGUACUUGUGGUCUGCUAUAAUAAAACUAAAGUGCAAUGGAAUGAUCACAAUGGUUUCCUCUGGCUCAUUGCAUGAGAAACUGUCUAACCCUGACUGAAUGUAUGGAAGACGGUCUGCCUUAUGUAACAGACAGCAGAUUGAUUGUUGUGAAUUAAUUCACUAAUAUGAAGUCAAAGUCAAAAGAGAGAAAAUAACACGUUUCACAGGCAUUGAGUGUUAAAACUUUAUUACAAGAUGAAGGUUACAGUUGGCAGACAGACUAAUGUAGGCUAGGCCCUGCACUCAAUGAAUGAAUAUCAGAGUUCAAGUCUGGGUGAUCAACUUCCAUUGAAGAUGGAUUUGUUUCCUAUGAUGACAUCACAGGACAGUGACUGUGCACUGCUUUAUCAGUGUGUGUGUGAAGUCUGGGCUCUGUCUGUCUGACUGUCAAUGUGUCUGUCUACUGGAAAUAUGGGAGGGCAAUGAAAUAGUCUAUAGAAUACUGAUUGUAGGUCAUUUAUGGUGAGUGUGUGUGUUAUACUUUCUAGCUCUAGACUGCGGUGUCCUGAGCGCGUGGAGGUGUGUGUGUGUGUGUGUGUGUGUGUGUCUUGAUUUGUGUGUGCUUGUUAGUCAGAGUCCUGGUCUGACUCCCUGUCCUGUCCUCUCUGUCCCCCAGACACCCCACAUCAUGCUGCAGUGUGGCAGAGAUCAUGUCUGUGCUCUUCUUCAACACCAUGAAGUACCGCCCUGAGGACCCCCGCAACAUCAACAAUGACCGCUUCGUCCUCUCCAAGGUACCACUCUAACACUGUCUAGAAAUAUAAUUCUCAUUGACUUGAAUGGGGAUUAUAUUUCUAUGGUCUAGAGACCAGGGAUAUUCAACUCUUACCCUACGGGGUCCAGAGCCUGCUGGUUUUCUGGUCUACCUGAUAAUGAAUUGCACCCACCUGGUGUCCCACGUCUAAAUCAGACCCUAAUUAGAGGGGAACAAUAAAAAAAUACAGUGGAACUGGCUUUGAGGUCCAAAGUUGAAUUUGAGGUGUCUAGAUGUACCAGUCUCAGUCCCGUGCCUUAAUCAGUCUUGUCAGCCAAAUCCAUUCUAAAGCAGAGCCUCCAUGUUCACCUCUAAGGUCAGACCUACUAUAGCAGCCUCAUUAGCCUCAGAUACAGUUUAGUCAAGUUUGUCAAUCAAUCAAAUGCAUUUAUAAAGCCCUUUUUACAUCAGCAGUUAUCACAAAGUGCUUAUACAGAAACCGAGACUAAAACCCCAGAGAGCAAGCAAUGCAGAUGCAGAAGCAAAGUGGCUAGGAAAAACUCCCUAGAAAGGCUGGAACCUAGGAAGAAACCUAGAGAGGAACCAGGCUCUGAGGGGUGGCCUCUUCUGGCUGUGCUGGGUGGAGAUUAUAAGAGUACAUGGCCAUUAAGGCCAGAUCGUUCAGUAGAUUGAGAGUGUGGUUAGGGCCCUCAGCCAGCACCAGGGCAUUGUAUCAAAAUAAUCCCAUUUCCAAAAAACAACCUGAUGAAUGGAUGGACAGUUGUAUAUUCAUAGGAUUUUAACCAGUCAGAUUGCAUUGGCCAGUACUGGGAAGAGCCAGCCGUAUGAUUAUAGUUCUUAAAGGCCCAAUGUAGAGUAAGCAUGUAAUCUGGCCCUGGGACCUGGGACCCUUUAGGACAGUGCUUCCCAAACUUUUUCACUCAUGCCCCACUUUCAUCAUUGGGGAACAUCCCGCGUCAAUGUUAGCUGACAUGGGCUAGUUGGUCAACUGGACAUUUCUGACAAGUUAUAAAUAGCGCUCUAUGAUUGACAUAACAAGAGGAAAACUGCUGUUGCACUAACCAAUUUUGAAAUUGCACCUUGUGCAUUAUAUUAUUACAACUUUUAAAGAGUAAGUUGAAAGCCUGACUGAGUUCCACAGUUUGGGAACCACUGCUUUAGGAGACUGACCGAGAGGCGUGAAUGUAAUCCUAUUGAGACUACUGGAGUUUAAUUAAUUUGGAGAUGUGGAAGGAAUAACAUUUGGGAUCAUGUUCCCAAUCCCAGAACUGAAAGUGGUCCAGGCACAGAGUGUGAUACUGUAUGUGAGAGUCUAACAUAGGGAAUAACAGCUCUGCUAUGAAAGGUGGUUGUAGUAAAUUACUGAAGUGUGCUUGCAUUAGCUAAGGCCCCGUUGUGUAUGUUCUGUCUGAAUGAGGUCAUGUCUGUGUGUGAUGGUAACAAAGUCUCUUUCUACUACUCAAUGAAGUCUAAGAGUAACUUGUAUCUGUGAGACCGUUCUCUCUCUCUCUGUGUCCCUCUCGCUCGUUCUCCCUCUUCCAGGGUCAUGCAGCCCCGGUGCUGUAUGCGGUGUGGGCCGAGGCAGGCUACCUGAAGGACAGCGAGCUGCUCAACCUCCGUAAGGUCGACUCCAUCCUGGAGGGACAUCCUGUGCCGGUGAGAACAGGAACAGGAAGUGACCUAUCAAUCCACAAGACACGACCCUGUUUGGUCCACAAAUAACCUCUUAACUCCAUUAACCCAAAGAGAGUCAUCCUUUCACAAGCCUGGUUUAUCUUUAGCCCUUUAUUCCUCACAAACCCGUUCAUCCACGACCGCUUGUUACCUGUGGUCUUUUAUGAACUACAACUAACAUGUCCUCCUCAUCUCCAAAGCCAGACUUGUCUGGUAUUCCCUUGUUGGAGAGAGAAAGUCUGAGCACACAACACCCACUAUGUACUGUAGUGUAGACUUUAUUGUCACAAAGAUGUGCUUGUGUGACAGUGACAGGCGGUCCCAGGCCCUGUGUCUGCACGCAUAGUAAUUUCACAGUAAUGCAAUGCUCUGUUCACACACACAUGAGUAGCCCACUGAUUCCCUUAACUAAGAUUCAGUGCCUCUUCACCUAAUACUUAUAAUAAUAAUAUGCCAUUUAGCAGACGCUUUUAUCCAAAGCGACUUACAGUCAUGCGUGCAUACAUUUUUGUGUAUGGGUGGUCCCGGGGAUCGAACCCACUACCUUGGCGUUACAAGCGCCGUGCUCUACCAGCUGAGCUACAGAGGACCACGUUGAUUUACCCUGUUGAUACAGUUACCAUGAGCACUGAAUGAAUGUGUAUAUUUAGGAAGUGUGUUUGAGAGGAAGAAGUGUGUGUGUUUUGUGAACAGUAUCUACCUCAAACACCUUGCAUCUCGUCACAUUGAUCUGGUACUGGUACUCCCUGUAUAUAGCUCCACAUUAUAGUAUGCCAUUUAGCAGACGCUUUUAUCCAAAGCGACUUACAGUCAUGCGUGCAUACAUUUUUUUUGUGUAUGGGUGGUCCCGGAGAUCGAACCCACUACCUUGGCGUUACAAGCGCCGUGCUCUACCAGCUGAGCUACAGAGGACCACAGCCCUGGGCUGUACUGUGAUCUGGUACUGGUACUCCCUGUAUAUAGCUCCACAUUGAUCUGGUACUGGUACUCCCUGUAUAUAGCUCCACAUUGAUCUGGUACUGGUACUCCCUGUAUAUAGCUCCACAUUGAUCUGGUACUGGUACUCCCUGUAUAUAGCUCCACAUUGAUUUGGUAUUGGUACUCCCUGUAUAUAGCUCCACAUUGAUCUGGUACUGGUACUCCCUGUAUAUAGCUCCACAUUGAUCUGGUACUGGUACUCCCUGUAUAUAGCUCCACAUUGAUUUGAUACUGGUACUCCCUGUAUAUAGCUCCACAUUGAUUUGAUACUGGUACUCCCUGUAUAUAGCUCCAUUCUUGUGUAUUUUAUUUUAUUCCUCUUUUGUUACUAUUUGGUUUUUAUUUUUUAACUCUGCAUUGUUGGGAAAGGGCUCGUAAGUAAGCAUUUCACAGUAAAGUCUUCACCAGUUGUAUUCGGCGCAUGUGAAAAAUAAAAUUGGAUUUGUAUAUGAUUGUGAUGGUAAUGUGCGUGCCACAGACUGAAUGUGGGUGUGUUAUGACUGAGUAGUUAGUCUUUGUGUGCAAAUAGAUGUCUGUGCAAUGUUUAACUGCAUAAUUUGUGUAAUGUUUGAUUACUUUAUUUAAGGUGUAAUGUGUGUUUGUUGGUGUAAUUCAUGUUUAUGCAUGUUGUAUGUGCUACAACGUGUUUUUGUAAUGUCUUAACAUUUGUGUGUAUUUAUGUGUGUUAACAGAAGCAGCAAUUUGUGGAUGUGGCCACCGGCUCUCUUGGACAGGGUCUGGGGGCUGCCUGCGGGAUGGCCUACACUGGGAAAUACUUUGACAAGGCCAGGUGAUAGAACAUUCCCCCACACACACGCACACCUCGGCACAUAAUAUGGAGUUUAGCACAUAACUCAGUGAGAUGCUCGACACCCCUCUAAGGUCAUGGUUUAUUUGCAUGAUCAUACGUUGUCUGGCUACACCAGAACACAGACAGAUAGACCAACACACAAACACAAAUAAUUACAAUACAUAGCAUUGGGAAUCGACAAAGGGGAGCAUGUACAAGGAAAUAUGUGCAAUUAGAUAAAUCAGACACACCUACUAUGAACAUACACAGUGAUACUUUGCAACGCAUAGGCAUAGAGAGACCCAUUCAUAGACAAAAGCUUGCAUGCACACAAUACACACACCUAUACUCAUGUUGCACACUGCAAACAGUAAGUACAUCUGACAUUUCACCUCCUCUCAGGAGAGUAGACACUGGCUGACAGCCAUAGCUGAUGUUGUAUGUGGUGUUGUGGAGACAGGUUGGCCGUUUCACCACUCAAUAUGGUUUGGAAGCCAGCGUCUUUGUUGUGAGAGACGAGGUCUGUUCUAGAACGGCCACGUGGCAACACUGGCAAACAAUGGAGCCUAGAAUGCUGUCUAUGGCAAUCUGCAUAUGACAAAGCAGAUUCACCUUCAUAUCUGAAUCCCUAUACAAAGCUAUAACAGUAGGAUAGCUGAGCUGUACUUUGGGGUUACAGAUAGACUUUGAAAUGUUUUAUUAGAGAUAUUGUGAUUUUUUUUGUUUGUUGCUAUUCUCUGGUUUCAUUUUUGAUCCGUAUAACAGAGCAGUCUGCCGUAGAAUGUAUACGUGUGAUGGGUUGGCCACGCCUUCUCUGCAUUUUGUGUUCAGUCAAUUUUUCUGCUCUAAUAAUCAGGGCUGCGAGAGAGCCGCCCUCUUCUCCCUCUCUUGCGCUUAACCACUCCUCUCUUCUUUUCUCUCACUACUACCCCUUGCUCUCUCCCUCGCUUUCCCUCACACCCUCUCUUUUGCACCCUCUUUCCAUACUGCCCUCUCUCUCUCUCUCUCUCACUCUCUCUCUCGCUCUCUCUCAAAAAGUAGUUAGUGUGUGUCUCUCUCUGGGAAAAAGUAGUUAGUGUGUGUCUCUCUCUGGGAAAAAGUAGUUAGUGUGUGCGUGUGCUCCAGUGCUCAGAACAGCUCGUCAAAGUGAGCUACUGUAGCAUCCAGCCCCAACUGUGACUUGUCUGUAUGUAUGACUGCUUUAAUUACACAAUCUUCCUAUUACAGUCUGUGACCCCAAAAUACACAGCCCUACAUGCAUAGGCCAGGGUCCCGGAUAAAGAGAGUGUUCUAUGAAUCAAAUGAGUGAAUGUGUCAGAUACACAGCAGGAGGAUUAGCAAGUCAAAAUGCCACAGCUUUAAAGCCUCACGCUUACAGUACCCUGUUUCAUUCACUGUGUUUAUUUGAUUUAGUAAAUGGAGAGUUUGAAUAUGAUUAUCCAUGCUUUAGCUAAACAAAAUCAAAGCAGAACGUAAAACAAUUUGGCGCAGGUUCAGGAGGGCGUGCAUUAAGACAACAUUUCCCUUUCUUUGGUUCUAUGUAAGCCAGACCAGCCUGAGGGCUCAGUGUGAGGUGUCUGUAUGAUUUGUUCUCUUCUCACCUCUAUAAUAUUCUCACCCGGGGAGAGAGUGAGUGAAUGAAUAUUGGUUAUUCUCAAUUAUGUACCUGUUUAAAUAGAAGGUUCAGUUAAAGGUUAAACUGCAAGGUUAUCCUGGCACGUUUAGAGGUGUGUAACGAGGGGCACCCAAACCCCGGCCUUAUCCGGGCAGUGCUUUAGUGCUUUAGCAGCCCAGUAAUCCCUCAGAAUGUGUAGGAUACGUUCCCCAGUGUGUUGUUUUAAGCCACACACUCACCGGUAUGCACAUUUGAAGGGUUGCCUCAGAUCCCCCCUCCAUUGUGUGUGUGUGUUGUCUUAAGAGUAGGGCUUUUGCCCAGACCUUAUGCCCUAUUGGCAUAGCCUUUGACAGCCAGCAAUUGAUUUGGCAUGGCAAGACUUAAUACUGUGAAAAUGAGGAAUUUUUCACCGUUUUUGACAGUGUGUUGGUGCAGGGAAGUCUGUCUGUGGGUAGUAAGUGGUGCUGCUGCUCCCCUGAGGCGAAAGUAAACGAGAGUAACCGGGAGAGGGGAUGUUAAGCGGGAUCUGGACCAGGUGUUUUGUGGAUCCCUCUCUGGGCUCUGGAAUGCUUUUCUUCCCCGGGCGGUCCGGUUCGGAAUGCGUGCCUUAAUUUGCCAUGUCUCAGUCUAUCUUCUCGCUUUAAUGACAAUGUGUCUAUUUGAGUGGAAAGCUGUCAGGCCCUGUUACCAUGCAGGGUGAUCGGAGCUCCAAGCCGAGGAGGGUGGGGUCAACUGUUCCUGUUCGCACUGUGUGGGGGAGGGAGGCUCAUUCGAAGAUGAAGGGAGGGGGUUGUGUGGAAAAUGUUACGCCGCGAGGGGAGGCAAUGAUGAGGGAGAGAUUGUUAUUGUUCUGCUCUUUUGUGUUGCAUUUCAUCCCCUUAGCCAUUAGGUGGCAAUUUAUUGAAAAUUGUGGAUUAGUCAUUUAUGUUAGUCGUAUAACUUUACUUGUUUAUUACUUUUUAUAAAAGCUUGGCUGCUGUGAUGUUUUAAGCCUCUAAUUGCCCCUGUCCGUCUGUCUGUCUUUCUGUUUUUCCCUCUGUCUGUUUGUCCCUCUGUAGCUACAAUGUGUACUGCCUGCUGGGUGAUGGGGAGAUGUCUGAGGGCUCUGUGUGGGAGGCCAUGUCCUUCGCCUCCUACUACCAGUUGGACAACCUAGUGGCUAUCCUGGACAUCAACCGUUUGGGUCAGAGUGACCCAGCUCCCCUGCAGCACCAUGUGGAGAAGUACCAGAAACGCUGCGAGGCCUUCGGGUGAGGAUUUGGAGAAGGCCUAGAAAAUGCGUGUCCUAGAGACCAUGAAAGUGGGUAAAUUACUCCCACCAGGUAUUGGCACCAAUAAAUGAAUAGUAUGUUUGUAGGUGGAAUGCCAUCAUUGUGGACGGGCACAGUGUGGAGGAGUUGACCAAGGUUCUGAGCCAACCCCGUCACCAGCCCACUGCCAUCAUUGCCAAAACCAUCAAGGGCAAAGGAAUCCCAGGUACCUACAGUAACACACACACAUUUCUACAGGUACCCAAUCCCAUGCUCCUCUAUAGGUACAUGUACUGAUACACUCGUACAGACAGGUACACCCAGAGACUAACCAAACCCUAAUACUAUACCAGCAGCAACGCCUUUCAUGCAAUACACCAAUGUACCAACACAGCUUCAUUGUGAUACUGACAGACUCCACUCUACCCUUCACAUUCAAACAUAUCUGUGGUACUCGGGUGCUGCUUUGUCAUGAAUACCUACUACCAGACCACGCUAAUCCUAAAAUCACAAAGGUUUAGUCUGUGCCUGUCCCUUAAAAUGGGUAAAGUCUGAUAGACCCAACUCAGCCCUCCCUGUCUUCUCUAUGAGGGGCACCUAAACCUGUGGUAAUCCAGGCAGUGCUUUAAAGCUUCUGCUGCAGCAGCCUAGUAAUCCCUCAGAAUGUGUAGGAUAUACUCAGAUCACUGGCCUUUGUCUGCCUGUUGUCAUAAGCAUAUGUCUUUUGAAGUGGAACCCUGACCUAUAGAAUGGUCUUUGACGGCUACUCGUGUGUAAGGCUUUGUGAUGCGAGAAUGGAGUGUUGAGGAAUAUGUAAUUUAUGACAUCUUGAUACUGAUAUCAUGUCAAACAGAUAACACAUAAAACAUAAGCAGAUUUACACCCAUUUUUGCAUUGCUGAUAUACUAAAGGCGUAUUUGCUAUGCGUGAGGUAGUGUGACAUCUCUGAUGAUAAGUGUGUCUGUGUGUGUCUCUGUCUGUGUAUGUAUUUCAUCAUGUUCUCUGUGUGUGUUGUAGCUGCGGAGGACAAGAUGGGCUGGCAUGGGAAGCCCCUGCCCAAGGAGAUGGCUGAGGGGGUGAUGAAGGACAUCCAGGCGCGCAUCAUGAACAGCACCAAGCGCCUGUACCCCGCUACGCCCACCGAGGACUCCCCACCCGUCAGCCUGCGCAACGUCCGCAUGCCCAGCGCACCCAGCUACAAACUCGGAGAAAAGGUGUGUGCGUGCGUGCGUGCAUGCAUGUGUGUACUUGACAGAAAGAGCAAGAGCGUUUGAGAGAGAGAGAUGCUCUAAGACAGAGAGAAUGAAUGGUGGUGGACUACUACAUUGAACUGUGUUUUAGUUAACUAACCCAUUGGUUGUGUUUGGCUGCAGAUUGCCACGCGGAAGGCCUAUGGCAUGGCUCUGGCUAAGCUGGGCCGCUACAACGAGCAUGUGGUGGCUCUGGAUGGAGACACCAAGAACUCCACCUUCUCUGAGCUCUUUAAGAAUGAGCACCCCGACCGCUACGUUGAGUGCUACAUCGCUGAGCAGAACAUGGUAAGCUCAGCUGACACCCAGUGCCACAUAUCUGACCUGAUUCUAGGUCUAGUAGGGUGAACUAAAGUGUACUGAUCACAAAAUCUUCAUAAAAGGUAGUUAACGUCUCUUCAAAAAAAGUACCAACAAACAACAAUGAUAAGCUGUUGUUGACGUCAACCCAAAAUGACCAUCAAAGUUCCAUCCAAACCAUUCAUACUGUAGGCCUACGUCUUUGUAUUUGAACGACUGUAGAAUGACGCAAUUCCACUUUAUCCGUCACUAUAGUCUAAAAGCGGCUUUUUCUUUCCACCCUCAUAUCUGAAUUAUUCACCUCUGGCACACACAGUGCUACCCCCUCCUUCUACUCCUCCUGCCUGGUUGGCUAAGAGACCAGGGCCCGUAUCCACAGUGUCAGAGUAGGAGUGCUGAUCUAGGAUCAGUUUAGCCUUUUAGAUCAUAAUGAAUAAGAUGAUAUGGACAGAUCCUAGGUCAGCAUCUAGUAAUGUCUCUGCAGGGUUCCAGUAGCAGUUCUUUGAGGCAUCAUUAGCAGGUUUAAUGAAGCUGUAUUGUGGCCUGUGUCUCGUUGACUCCCACACACACGAUAGAGGAGUCAAAUAUAGUUCCGAUGUUAUUUAGAUUCAUUAAUUACCCUCGUCAUGCUGUCACAUCAGAUAUUAAUAUUAUUAAGGGAUUGGAGCAUUUAAUGCUCUGUUGGCUUUUUAAAUGUCUUGUUUGUCAGUGACAACAAUGAUGCUCUAUGCUAGCUAACGACACACUGUGCUUUGCUGUACUUAAUGUACAUGGCAUUGUUUAAACCACCAACAUAGUGUAUUUUAUUGAGUAAAAACUCUCACUGACAAUGAUUGCUUUAAACUACUGUCUCACACAGGCCCCAUCCCCUUAGCAAGGCCUCAUGGGGAACAGGGGAAAGGGCUUUCUCAGGGCUAACAGGAAAUGAAAUGGCACAAACAUCACAUUUCUCCCAUAUGAAUUGAAAGAUGAUGGCUCCCUCCUUAUGCGUCUAAGGAAUGUGAGAUACUUUGGGCAGAAUUUGAGAACACAAGUUGCUCAGGCUUUUACUCUCCUUUCCCUAUCCUCUCUUUCCUCUUCUGUCAGGUGAGCAUUGCGGUGGGCUGUGCCACGCGGGAUCGUAACGUGGUGUUCGCCAGCACCUUCGCCACCUUCUUCACACGUGCCUACGACCAGCUCCGCAUGGCUGCCAUCUCCGAGAGCAACAUCAAUCUGUGUGGCUCCCACUGCGGCGUGUCCAUCGGUCAGUCCUACCACUGACCUUUGACCCCACCCCCCUAAUGACCUGUCUGUGUAGUGACCCCUGUGACUUCCACACUGUGAUCCUAACCUGACGUAGCUCUCAGCGCUUGUUCCUCUGGGACCGAUACAGCCCACUGCAGAAGACUUGGCUUACUGUCACACAGUGUUAACACAGUGCUUCCCCUAACACUGUUUAGCCGAGGAAGGUCUUUGUCUUCAGUUGGUUUCAAUUGCAAAUUUUGGUAACACUCUUGCAUUGGGUUGAAUCGUUCCCUUGUAGUAAUCCUGUAUUAUUUCCUGAAUCCUGAAUUUUGAUUUUGUUUCUUCACAUCUUCCGUCCAUCUACUACUGUAUCAGUGUGGCUCCGGCCAGCACUCGUUUCCUCCCUCCCCCUCUCUCUCUCUGUGUCAUGGAAGUGGUUGUGGCGGGGCGGCCAGGUUCCCUUUUGGUUCCUCAGGUACAUUGCAUGCCCACGCCGACUCGCCCCACUGAACGCAUGCCAGUCCUGUAACUUUAACUUUUAGCCGCCCCAAACACCCCAAAUGCUAUUGUGUGUGACUUGCGUGCGUGUUUGUGUAUCUACGUGUGUAUGUGUGCAUUUGUGUGUGUUCUAGGAGAAGAUGGUCCUUCUCAGAUGGGCCUUGAAGACAUUGCCAUGUUCAGAGCCAUUCCCACGGCAACUGUUUUCUACCCUAGCGACGGUGUCUCCACUGAGAAAGCUGUGGAGCUGGCCGCCAACACAAAGGUACCCAGUAUGCAGGUUGACGUUUAUUGUCUUGUCCUGGAGGCAGAACUUAGCGAUUUCCCCUUAGAUAGGCCAGCUGCAAAAUCAAAACUGGCUAUAUUGUAAAAAUCCAUGAAAACAAAAAUGUAAGGUUAGGGUUAGCACUGUGGUUAUGGUUAGGUUUAAAAUCUGAUUUGAUCAAAUACAAUUUUAUUUGUCACAUGCGAGCCCUUAACCAACAAUGCAGAGUUUUAAAAAAAAGUAAGAAACAUUUGCUAAAUAAACUAAAGGAAAUAUAGUAACACAAUAAAACAACAAUAACGAGGCUAUAUACAGGGAGUACCGGUACCGAGUCAAUGUGCAGGGGUACGGGUUAGUUGAGGUAAUAUGUACAUGUAGGAAGGGAUAAAGUGACUAUGCAUAGAUAAUAAACAGAGAGUAGCAGCAUAUGUGAGUGUGUUGGAAUGUCAGUGUAGUAUGUGUGAGUGUGUGGGUAGAGUCCGGUGAGUGUACAUCGAGUCUGUGCAAGAGAGUCAGUGCAAAAAAUUAUAAUAAAGAAUAAUCAAAUAAGGGGGUCAAUGCAAAUAGUCCAGGUAGCCAUUUGAUUAACUGUUCAGCAGUCUUAUGUCAGCAGUCUUUUUGGCUUGGAGGUAGAAGCUGUCAAGGAGCCUUUUGGUCCCAGAUUUGGCACGCCGGUACUGCUUGCCGUGCGGUAGCAGAGAGAAGAGUCUAUGACUUGGGUGGCUGGAGUCUUUGAAAAUUGUUAGGGCCUUCCUCUGACACAGCCUGGUAUAGAGGUCCUGGGUGGCAAGAAGCUUGGCCUCAGUUAUGUUCAGGGCCGUACGCACUACCCUCUGUAGCGUCUUGCAGUCGGAUGCCAAGCAGUUGCCAUUCCAAGCAGUGAUGCAACCAGUCAGGAUGCCUUCGAUGGUGCAGCUGUAUAACUUUUUGAGGGGGAAUAGGCGUUGUCGUGCCCUCUUCACAACUGUGUUGGUGUGUUUGGACCAUGAUAAUUCCUUAAUUAUGUGGACACCAAGGAACUUGAAGCUCUCGACCCGCUCCACUACAGCCCCGUCGAUGUGAAUGGGGGCGUGCUCUGCCCUCCGUUUCCUGUAGUCCACGAUCAGCUCGUUUGUCUUGCUGACGUUGAAGGAGAGGUUGUUGUCCUGGCACCACACUGCCAAGUCUCUGACCUCCUCCCUAUACGUUGCCUCAUCAUCGUCGGUGAUCAGGCCUACCACCGUUGUGUCAUCGGCAAACGUAAUGAUGGUGUUGGAGUCGUGCGUGGCCACGCAAUCGUGGGUGAACAGGGAGCGCAGGAGGGGACUAAGAACACAGCUGGUCAGCGCAUGCUCUGAGUAUGCAUCCUGGUAAUCUGUCUGGCCCUCCGGCCUUGUGGAUGUUAACCUACUUGAAGGUCUUACUCACAUCGGCUACACACAGUCAUGAUCACACAGUCUUCCGGAACAGCUGGUGCUCUCAUGCAUGGUUCAGUGUUGCUUGCCUCGAAGCGAGCAUAGAAGGCAUUUAGCUCGCCUGGUAGCCUCGCGUCACUAGGCAGCUCGCGGCUGUGUUUCCCUUUAUAAUCCGUGAAGUUUGCAAGCCCUUCCACAUCCAACAAGCGUCAGAGCCGGUGUAGUAGGAUUCGAUCUUAGUCCUGUAUUGAUGCUUUGCCUGUUUGAUGAUUUGUCUGAGGGCGUAGCGGGAUUUCUUAUAAGCAUCCGGAUUAGUGUCCCACUCCUUCAAAGCGGCAGCUCUAGCCUUUAGCUCAGUGCAGAUGUUGCCUGUAAUCCAUGGCUUCUGGUUGGGAUAUGUACUGUACGUACGGUCACUGUGGGGACGACGUCAUCCAUGCACUUAUUAAUGAAGCCGGUGACUGAUGUGGUAUACUCCUCAAUGCCAUCGGAUGAAUCCCGGAACAUAUUCCAGUCUGUGCUAGCGAAACAGUCCUGUAGCUGUGACUUUGUGGCUGUGCCAGCUAGUAACCACUCUGCAGAGCUGCCUCCAGAAAAAUAUUCAUGACAAAAAAUGCUAACCUGCACCCAGAACCCCCUCUAUCACAUCUGCCUCAUGCUAUGCGCUAACUCUACAAUAUAUUUGGUUCACACAGCUGCUGAGUAUGGCUGAGUCUCUGUUUAAUAAACCUGUCUGACAAAUGACAAGGUAAUGAAAGUCCAGAGGCUGAUUGACAUGUUUAAUCUCUGUUUCAGGGUGUGUGUUUCAUCAGAACCAGUCGCCCAGAGAACACCAUUCUUUACAACAGCAAUGAAGACUUCCAUGUGGGACAGGCAAAGGUAUGGAGACAAUGAUAUCUGAGAUGUACUAUACACAAUGACUAAUAUAAGGCUUACAGUAUAACACUUUCUUAUAGUACUAACAUGCUUGCUAAAUUAUUUAAAAUAGAAAUAUGCCUAGAUAAUAGAAACCUCCAUCCCAUGUCCGUCAGGUUGUGUACAAGACCAACGAUGAUCAUGUGACAGUGAUCGGAGCGGGCGUGACCCUACAUGAGGCACUGGCAGCUGCUGAAAUGCUAAAGAAAGGUACAGAACCAUAAUUUCGGAAAGUUACAUAGAUCCAUCACUGGAACUCAAUGUUCUAUAGUCUACAUUCGCUGUCAGGAAAUGUGCUCGUCACCCAGGGACUGAUGGGCAUCAACAUAAUCCGAAUAACACACGCAUGCAUGCACACACACACACACGCAUACUGAGACUUUGUUGUGAGACUUGUCCCACUAAGGCAUUGGACCAUUCAUCAUGAUUUGGGGUUAUAUGCCAACAGUAGUGGCUGAUGGUGACACUCUAAUAAGCAUUUGCACCCCAACAACAGAGCCAGAGUACUCCUUGCAUCUGUCUCUAGCACUGUAGAAGUCUGUUGAUUCAUCUCUACUGUUUAUCUGGUGUUGGCUGAAUAGAUGAUACACCAUGGUUUGAACUGAAUACAUUUUGAUUAAUAUUGAGCAACGAGUAUUGUAUGUCCUCUUCUGUAGUUCAUUAUAUGAUAAAAUGCUCUGUUUCUCUCUCAGAGAGGAUCAACAUUCGAGUUAUUGACCCUUUCACCAUCAAGCCUCUGGACUCCAAGACCAUCAUCGAACACGCCAAGGCCACCAGGGGCCGCAUAGUCACAGUAGAGGACCACUACUAUGAGGGUGGGUACUCUGCACACACAGUCUGCUUUCUGAACUCAGGUUAUCUUAUUCCAGUGGAAUAAAAUAUAUGGCAAUGGGCACUGAGCUAUGAAGUUUUAGAUAGAACAUUAUGCAGUUGUGAGGCAUUCCCAUGAUUUGUAUCAGUUCUUAAAUCUCUAAGCCUGCGGACAAACUCUUUCUCUGAAAUUGCAAAGUGUCAAGACUGCAGUAUUUGAGCAUGUGCAGGAGGAGGAGGAGAAGAGAGUAUCAUCCCUCAGUGUUUUUGAAUUUCAGCUCUGCUCUGGCCUUUGGGUUUUCACUGACCUAGAUAACAGGAAGGGGGAAGAACACAAGUCGAAGAAUGUGUGGGUGUUUAUUUUGGCACAGUUGCCUUAUUUGUCCGUUGGGAUUUAUACAGUCCGUUGACGGAACUAAACAAAGAAAGGAGUAAACACAGCCGUGCAGAAGCCAUGCCCUGACAACCUCCAACCCCCACUUCCAUUCCCCGUCUACACAUGAGCAUGAAUAGUGCAUUAUGACAGGUGUGCAUGCAUGGGCGACGUGGGGGUUGGGGCAUCCACUCAGAGCCAUAGGGGGUGGGAAGACAGUGUGUGAGGGAGAGGAAGGGGGGAGGCUGUGGUAAGGGGGUUAGAGGGGACUAUAUGGAGAGGCCCAGACCUCAAGGACCCCCAUAGUGCAGAUGGCUACUAAAGUAGAGUGGGGGAACGCCCUCUCUCGCCCCUGGCCCCCCUUCGCCAACCCCGGCCUGAUGGUCAGUCAAUGAGAAGGUGGUGGCAGGCCUGUCAGGGAGGAUCAAGACUCAGUGGGCUGUGGAGGUGACAAUGUUACAGUGUCAGUGGAGUGGAAGACAAAGCCGAUGUAUAGAUUGGACUGACUGGCCAGCUACUGUACAUUCUGUACAGCACAGUGGAGCUAAACUGCACAAACAAAGACAGCUCAGCAAGACAGGCUCAAAAGAUUUAGAGAAGGAGAGCAUAUGUGACAUAUGGAGUCUUAGGACAAACUUGUGCGCAAAUGCUAAGAAGACCCAGAAAAUAGCACUAUGUACUCUUGCAUUUUAGGUUUUAUUUAGUUGUAAAAAGGCUAUAUAAAUGUGAUUGACUGACAUGUGGUCAUCAUUCUUAAGGUGGCCUGGGGGAGGCGGUGUGUUCUGCCGUGGUGAAUGAGACCGGCUUCAAUGUGCACCGAAUGGCCGUGGCCCACGUCCCCCGCAGCGGCAAACCCACCGAGCUCCUCAAGAUCUUCGGCAUCGACCGCGACGCCAUCGCGCAGGCUGUCCGCAAGAUGCUCAGCAGCUCCGUCAACGCCAAGUAGACCACUACCAGUGCCACUGCAACAUGCUAUUGUCAUGGAAACGUCAUCAGGAAAGCACUUCUGGCCACACCCGCUCUCCGGGAAUAAGAAGUAUAAAUCAAAGAAUCGGCGAAUAUGGUAUUUCUGUUAACUGUCAUUGAUGUGGUUUUGACCCGUGACCUGGCCCCUUGUAAGUUCAGUACCCCACUCCCCUACACUCGACCCCAUCCCAGAGAAAGUCAUGAGUACUGCUGUAGUCUGAGUGAGGUGAACGUUUUUUUGAAAGAAAAAUAGUCUGAUUCUCUCACAUUUUGAUGCGACACACCCUGUACCCCACGUGAGCGAGUGUGUGAGUGGACAUGGGUCUGGUAUAGAGCACUGUUUUUAGCUCCUCAUCCUGACUGGGACUUCACACCAAUAAAGGAAUGGUUUCUUCACAA